AUGUCGGCUCCCGCUACGUUUUACGAGCAGCUGCCGCUCCCUACGCUCGACCGCCCCUUCGGCAUCCACCUAUGGCCCAUCUUUGACAAGCUCUUCACGGCCGUUGUUGGCUACUCGGCCAAUGACUUCGAGUUCGUGCCUUUCGAGACUCCCAUGUCCACCCUGAAGUCGACGUCCAUCUUCAUCGUCAUCUACUACUUCAUCAUCUUUGGCGGCCGAGAGCUGAUGCGCAACCGCGAGCCUUUCAAGCUCAAGGCGCUCUUCCUCAUCCACAACUUCUACCUGACCGCUAUUAGCGGCUUCCUCCUGGCUCUCUUCAUUGAGCAGCUUCUGCCUACCGUUGUCCGUAAGGGUAUCUUCUUUGCCAUCUGCAACCACGAUGGCGGCUGGACUCAGCCUCUGGUUGUCCUCUACUACCUCAACUACCUGACCAAGUACCUUGAGCUGCUCGACACCGUCUUCCUGUUCCUCAAGAAGAAGCCUUUGACCUUCCUCCACUGCUACCACCACGGUGCCACCGCUCUUCUUUGCUACACCCAGCUGAUUGGCUUGACCUCCGUCUCUUGGGUUCCUAUUGUCCUUAACCUGACUGUGCACGUUGUCAUGUACUGGUACUACUUCCAGAGCGCUCGUGGCAUCAAGAUCUGGUGGAAGGAGUGGGUUACUCGUCUCCAGAUCAUCCAAUUCAUCAUUGACCUGGGUUUCGUCUACUUCGCUUCCUACACCUACUUCACCUCGACCUACUUCCCUUACAUGCCCAACGCUGGCAAGUGCGCCGGUGAGGAGUUUGCUGCCUUUGCUGGCAUUGGUAUCCUCAGCUCAUACCUGGUCCUCUUCAUCUCCUUCUACUUCGCCACCUACAAGAAGGACGGCAAGACUACUACUCGCAAGUCUCUGCGACGCAUGAGCCAGGCUCCUCUUCCCGACCCUGUCCACAUGGCUACCUACUCCAACGGCAAGACCAAUGGCACUACCACUGGUGCCAAGACCAACGGUGCCACUGCUAGGUCCCGCAAGGCUUAA